AUGGUUACACUCCAUGGGAGGUUCGAGAUACUGAUGUUUUCAGGCACGGUGCAUCCACCAUUGGCGCCUCCUAAUGUUGGUGGGUUGUCGUUAUUUUUGGUAAGCCGAGGGGGAAAAGUGAUGGGUAGGAUCCUGAUUAGUUACUUCAAGUCUGAUGGUUCUUGUGGCGUCAUUGGCGAUCUUAUCGCUGAAAAUAUGAAGGUGAAGGUUCAAAAGCCUAGGCGGUGUCAAUCUGAUACGAUCGAGUGCAUAUCGGAGAUCAAAGAGGGAGUAUUCAGAUUAGAGAAGAAGGUGGAAGGUUGUGGUUCGUCGAUGGUGUAG